CGACGAUUCACCGUGCUUGAACUUCGUACUUACCUACUGAAGUACCAACUGCCCAGCCGCCAACUCGGCAUAGGAACUAAAGGUUCUGGACUUGGUCUGUAUUAGGUAGAAGGCUAUACACAAGCUCCACUCAUGUUACAGAAUGCAUCACCUCCGUGCGCUCAGUGCAGCGUGUUACACCGCGUGGUUCCAGGGAAGUAAUAUAUGACCAAAAUGAUUCUUCGCUUGCACCCGUCUUCCUUCCCUCUCAGAUUAUUGCAAUUUCAAAAGUCUUCGCAGUACUAGACCAUGAGCCGGUCUCAACAGAAAAUACUCUCUCAAUUGGCUUCGUCGCCUAAUGAUUUGGCAUCAGGGCUUGCGCAAUGUAUGGAGGCUUUGCGCCUCAUUUCAUCCCUGCCGAGGUCAUCGCCCAUCAUGGUUGAGUACUCUGGUGCCAAGGGUUCCAUGACCAAGGCCUUUGGAAGGGAGCAUCUCUCACGUGUGCCGUUCAGGACUGUGGUCGGCCUUCUCAAAGCCUCCAUGGAACUUCCUGAAGACUCACGCAUCACAUCUGCUGCGUUCUACCGCGAAGACGGAACAGUUGAUCCCGCAAAGGUACUCGUUGAUGAGGAUUCGUGGAAAGAGCUUGUACCAUAUGUGCAUACCGUCCACAUCGAGGAUGAACGUCAAGCGCAUUCGGUCUUUGCUAUGCAAGCCCUGUCAACACAGACCACACUGACAUCGCCCUCUCCAACUCCAGCGCUGGCUUCCCCAACACGGAGUUUGAAUGGCAAUGCCAACACUUUCAUCCCCACCAAGAAUGGAGUGACGAUGAAAUCACAGGAUGGAACAAAGCUCAACUUGCAAGCUCUGAGAAAGGGGAGCGUCUCCCCGGCAUUAGCCAUCCAUCCGGUAUCUUCCUUGGUGGCUCUAGCAGACGCGUAAUGCGCUUAGUGGCUACAUGAUUACGUUACAAAAGCUCGCAGAUUAGCUGUGAUCGUAGUGUAUAGCGCGAUAUUAUACACGAUGAAGAGCAAGCUGUUUCUAUGAUAUAUGUGAUGCGAGAACAACAGA